AUGUGGCCGCUGCGGGUCUACACCCGCAAGAGGCGGGCGGGCCAGAAGCUCAACCGAACUCCGACGCCAGAGCUCGGCCCGGCCGGGAAGGCGGAGGCCCCGCCGGGCCCGGGCUCGAGGCUCGGCCACGGCCCGAGCAGAGAAGGCGCGGCGCGGCGGCUGCCGAGGAUCGCGGAGACGGCGGAGCGGAGCCCGCGGGCAGGUGGCGGCCCCGGGCCGCGCAGCGCCCGGGUAAGAGUCACAGCGGAGAAAAGCCUGGAAGGAAGCAGCGCGGACGACGAGACGCGGGAAGGGAGGAUCGCUCCGCUGGGUGAGUCAGUGACUGACCUCCAGGUUGACAGUGGUUCAUCAAAUAGUGAACUAAUAUCAGGAUUAAGUUUGCAGCACGAUAUUUCCAGUUCUCUUCUGAGCUAUUCAAUCACAGACUCUUACACAGGAUGCGAGAGUGUUGAAGAGAGUUUAAGUAGCUUCCCAUCACCUGAACUGUUCAGAGGAUCAGAUUAUUUAGACUGGGAGUGUCCCAGAUUGGAAGACCACAUGCAAUGGAAGAAUUCCACUCUUCUGGACACCAGUAAAGCAGUGACAAUAGAGAAGGCACCACAGUUUUCAAAUCUCUCUGCAAUUUUAAGUCCCUCUUCAGAAGAUUAUCAGAAAUGCCGUAAUAAAAUAGUGAUGACAUUAGCAGACCAAAGUAUUUCUCCAAAACCAAAGUGUACUUCAAGGUCAGAAUCAGAUAAUGCAGCUUGUGAAGUUUUACUUGCUGAGAAAACUUGCCCUUCAACCCCUGCAAAAACACAGAAAAAACCUGAAAAAGAUUCUGAACAUAGAGAUACAAAUUUCCAAACAAAGCUAAACUCUCAUCUAAAAAUCAAGGUUCCAUCAUCCUACCAUAGGCCUGCUCUUGAGAGCAGCACAGGUGGACCAGCCUCGAACACCGCGCUGCCCCAGCCCCCGAAACCUGCACUGAAAACAAAUUCCAGUACUCUUGAGAAGAAAAACAGAGGCCUGUUAACAAGUACGCCAUCUUCGGAGGCAGCUGGUUUUGUGAUUGAUUUGUCCUCAGUGCAGAAAACAUCUUCUGAAGAAGUAUUUCCAAAUGUCAGCAAUUAUGUUAAUUCAAAUGAAAUUGUUGCUCUGUCAAGUUUGCAAGAACAUUCUUCCAAUGAGUUUCCUUCAAAUACAUCAGAAAUAUGUUGCAUUAUUAGAGCAUCACCAGGAACUAGACUAGUGAAAAGUAAAGGUGUUGUUGUAAAGAAGAAGAAGUACUCUCCUCCUAAAGAUGUUCCUCAAGGUGAUGUUAGCCUUACUGGACCAUGGACUCCCCUUCAAAUAGCAAAGACACGUCUCUGGUUCUCAAACUUGGUGCACCUCAUACUUCCCUGGAUCCGCCCCCGCCCCCGCGAGCCGGGCUCCGCGCCGUCGGCUCCGAUCCCGCUGCGGCCGGCCACGCGCGGGCCGGGCUCUCGGGCUCCCGGGCUCCCGGCUCCGCUCCCGCGCCAGGCGGAGGUGCGAGGCCGCACACGCCCGGGAGGGGCCGGCGGGGGUCGGCCGUCCGCGGUGCCCCACGCACCUCGCCUGUCGUGGAUGGGCGGAGUCAAAAGCUUCUUCACCCGAAGGGCCCUGGCGCCGUCCCCGCGUCACCCUGCCGCGGCCACCCCCACCGGGAAGCAGCGGGGCCCCCGAGCACCUUCCCGUCCUCGCCCCUCAGCCCACGCCCCGCCCCGCGCGCUGCCACGUGACGGGAUCCACCAGCCGGCCUAUGAGCGCCGGCUCCGCCCCACGCCCCCGCCUUGCCCUCAGCUCCGCGCGGUGCCACGUGACGCGGCUCACCGCCAGCCAAUGAGCGCCGGCCUUGCCGUGCGCCCCGCCCCGCGCGCCGUGGCCGUUUGA